AUGGAAUCUUCUCCGUACCUCCUCUCCCUUCCCAUAUGCUCUUAUCAUGAAACAGCUUUCCUCACAACAAUUCUUGUCCCUCUGUCCCUUAUUUGUGUGUUUAUCUUUAGAUAUAUCAACAAUCAAAAUUCUUAGGUCAAAAUCAAGGAAGGCAAAAAGUCCCCAUCCUUGUAUAUAUCUCACCCCUCACCUCUGCAACAACCAAAUUCCUCUUCUAAAAUCAAACAAAAAUGGGGAAGGGAUCAGCAUUUUACCUCUGUGUUGUCCUUGGAGUUGCAGGUUUCAUGGCUGCCACCGCCGAAGCUGCCGACCUGUUCUCUUUCGAAGAUAAUUUUGAUAUAAUGUGGGCAGAGGACCAUUUCAAAGCGUCCGCUGAUGGCCAGAUCUGGUAUCUUAGUCUCGACAAAGAAACGGGAUGCGGGUUCCAAACAAAGCAAAGGUAUAGAUUUGGGUGGUUUAGCAUGAAACUAAAGCUGGUUGGAGGGGAUUCUGCUGGCGUCGUUACGGCUUUUUAUAUGUGCUCAGACAUGGGGGCUGGGCUAGAGAGAGACGAGCUAGACUUUGAGUUCUUGGGCAAUAGGAGUGGUGAGUCAUACAUCAUACAAAGCAACAUUUACAAAGGAGGGGUUGGAGGUAGAGAAAUGAGGCACUCCCUUUGGUUCGACCCCACUGAGGACUUCCACACCUACUCCAUUUUAUGGAACAACCAUCACAUUGUGUUCUUUGUGGAUAGGGUGGCCAUUAGAAUCUACAGGAAUACAGAGGCAUCCAACGAUGCAUUCCCGAAUGAGAAGCCAAUGUACGUCUUCUCAAGCAUAUGGAAUGCUGAUGAUUGGGCAACACGUGGGGGCCUCGAGAAGACAGAUUGGAAGAAUGCUCCAUUCGUAUCGACGUACAAGGAUUUCCAAGUGGAUGCAUGCCAGUGGAAGGACCCUUACCCUGACUGUGUUUCCACCACCACACAAAACUGGUGGGAUCAGAGUGAGGCGUGGACCCUCUCCACCUCCCAAAGGGAGGAUUUCAGUUGGGUUGGUCGGAACCUCAUAAUUUACGACUAUUGUCAUGACACUGAUAGGUACCCUAAACUUCCCAAUGAGUGCAUCAAUUCUCCAUGGGAUUGAUUCCAUGCCGAAAGAAUAAACAAUGCUUCUGCACAAGUGGAUUCGUAAUUAUAGAAGAGGAAAUUGAAGACCUGUUACUUCGCUAGUUUUGGUUAGAGCAAGGGGCAAGCCUUUAUAAAUAAGAAGAUUAUUUUUUUCCCCUCUUUUUGUUGGCCAUGUCAGUGUCAGGGGUGGGUGGAAUAUAUAACAAAUAUUUGUGAUAUGAGAUAUGAGUAGCUUCCUAAGGGAGGCAUAGGGGUGAAAAAUGGUAUUCAGUGAAUUAUUUGAUUUUAUCUAGUAUUAUGCCAUAUUCUUUGAUAAA